AUGGAAUAUAAGUCAACUUUUGAGCUUCGACAGCAGGUUUUGGACCUCCCAACUCACUUGACCUCAAGGGCGAGGGCGGGAAAAAAGAAUAGCAGCUCCAACCCCUCAUGUUUGCCGCAUCCUUUAAAUGCAAACAACAACGGAGCAGUAAUGGAUUCUGAUCCGGAUGACCCCACUGCCCUUGUCCGUGAGCUGCCGGCACUGGACAAACUUAAUGCUCUCAGUGCGUCGUUGAAAAAUGAGGAAGAGGUCCAGAACUACGUGGAGGCAAGAAAUCUUUCUCUGGAGGAUACUGCAAAGUACAUAAUGGCAAACGGAAGUACUGGUCAGAAAAUGUCGUUGUUCCAGCGUCUGAAAGAAACGCUGGUGGGUUUAGACAUGUCUAGCAUCUCGCAGGUAUUGAUGAUUGCCGUGGACAGCAUGUGGGUGCAGGAACCAGAAUUACAGUGCUUCGCCCCGGGUGCCUUAAUUGAGGUGUUGCCGUUGCUGAACAAUACCGUGACACGAGAUCUGUUGAUGGUGACAAGUACAAUGUUAAGCGUCAAAACGGCGGAGGUCCGCAUAGCAUGGAAUAAAUUAUUUUCGGCCUUUAUUGAUUAUCUGAAUAACAAACAGCUUGACAACGAUGUGGUGCCCCUUGCUCUUAAAAAAACCGAACAUGUUGAGCCACAGGAUCAGCGCGAGCUUAGUUGUGACCUCAUUGGUGCUGUCUGCCGCUAUCUCCCUCACGAUAUUGUAGAGCGAAAACUUAUGAACAAAGUGCUGGCGUUAUGUCAGGACACUAACGUGGGAGUGCGGCAACACAUGUGUCAACAACUAGGCAUUGUAGCACGUGCUUUGGGCGUGGAUAUGGCCAAGGAAAAAAUUGCUCCGGAGCUUUUUGAGCUGCUUAACGAUGAAGACCAGACUGUCUCUCGAGCAGCAUUUUCCUGUUUAGUUGAUUUGGUGGAGUUUUUUGGUCCUGCGUACCGCCGCGAGCACCUCUACCCCAUCAUUAAGAACUUUAUAUCGCAUCCACCGGAGGAAGUUGUGAGCCUCAUUGUUGGCGAGUAUGGUAGGUUUCUGUGGGAAAUACGGGCGGAUAUUCAGACAAGUGAAGAUGUCACACUGUUUGCAGGCUUUUACCAGAACGCCGCCUUAAAAGGCGAUGACGCGACUCGCCAUCGGUGUGCAUAUAAUUUGCCCUCCGUUACUGCGUCACUGCCAAUUUCGGUGUUUGCGCUUCACCUGGCUCCAUGCUGUGAAGCGCUUGCCACUGACACCAGCGAACCCGUGCGACGGAGCAUUGCUGCCGGAUUGCAUGAAUUGGUUGUCCUCCUUGGGGAAAAGGCCGCUUUGUAUCUUCCGAAACCCUUUUUAUGGCUUUUAGAUGACUCUCAGAAGAGUGUUUUAAACGCCCUUUCUACUCACUCACACGUCUUGAUGGACGCCUUUGUGAAGCAGCUGAAACCGACGGAGCGCACGGCUUUUUUUUCUAGUGUAGAAGAUGUACUACUGCGACUUGUUGCACGCGCCGAGCGGGAGUGGCGUAUUAUGGACCAUGUCUUGGACAUUCUUUCCACGUACUGUAAGGAAUUCCAAGAAACAAAUUUGUACGAGAAAUUUAUACCCCUUCUUUUAAAAUAUGGGAGAAACGGGGCAUUUUGCCUCAAAAAUCGCUGUGCUGAAAUGUGUAUUAAGAUCGUUGCAAACAUGUCAAACGUCAAUAGUAAGGUUCAGUUCUUUAGCAAACUGAACAACGAAUAUGCGCAUGGUUCUUCGUGUCUUGGGCGCAAGGACUAUUUGCGUUUUGUCAGGGCCGCAUGUUCUUUAUUUUCUCGCCGCUUUAUUCGUGAGAGGAUGCUUGAGUGUUGCUUUGAGCUUCAACAUGACCAUAUGGAUAUGGUGCGUUUAGAACUUGCGCGUACGCUGCCAUGCUUGCGUAGGGUUCUCGAAUUGUCAACGUCAGGGAGCGCGUUUGAGGAGUACCAGGACAUGGUACACCGUCUGCAGAUGGACGAAAGCAGCGAGGUGCGGGCCUUAACCCAAACCGGAGUGGAGUUAAUCGAACUGCGUGAUCGAGGACUGAAACGUGACGCUGGUAGAAUAAAAUUUGAGGAGGAGAACAGGGAGGAUAGGCGACGCGAGCAGGCGGAGGGGCAGCUGCUGGAUGUAGCGAAGGAGUACGAUAAGGCAGAGCGCCGCUCGAAGCUCCGCGACCUGCUGAAGACCGAGCGCGAGAAGGAGCAGGCGGAGUUAGUGCGCAAGAGUGGAACUGUCAGGCGUCUGGUAAAAGGAGCAACGGUCCAGGCAACGCCCACCAAGCUCUCGCGCCCAAUACCAAAGACACAAACGACAUAUUCCGGAGGUGCCACCUUUCAGAAGAAAGUGCAGCGAUAA